AUGCUGCGCUCCACAGCCACAGCAGCCUCGAGGCGGACCGCCUUCGCUCGCACCCGCCCGCUGUCGACCGUACGCGUCGUGCCGCCUUCUCCAGCUGCACCUCGGCACCUCGCGCUCCCUCUCGCUUUCGUGUCCGUCUCGGGCUGGGACAAGCUCCACCUCGACGCAUGGCGGCCCUGGAUUGACCGCUUUGCCGAGCGAGGCUACUCGUCCAUCCUGCUCGACAUCGACCCGGCCGUCGUCGACACCGAGCCGACAUCGGCCUCACGCCUCGACCGCCUCGAGCAAGAACUCGUCAGCCUUCUACGCGACCCUGCCGCCUCUUCACCCUUCCCACCACUCCUCUUCGCGUCGGGCCCGAGCGCCCUCGUCGCCGAAACCUACGUCUCGUCCCACCCUCUCUCGGGCCUCUGCCUCGUCUCGCCCCUCUCGGCCGCUUCAGCACACCCGCACCUCCCUCGAGCCUUCCCAACCACCCUCGACGACUUCAACUACGAGCCGGGCUUCCCCAUCGCCGUCGUCGCGCCGCAAGGGAGCGCUGCGGGCGACCAUCGCCUCGUCGACGAGUUUGGCCCGCAAGAGGGCGAGGACGAGGACGACGCCAUUGUGCGCCGCAUCGUCGGCGAGCGGGAUACGCAAGGGUGGGAGACGGUCAUGGAGUGGAUGGACAGCAACGGGCUGUAA